UGCGCUGUCUGCCUGUCAGCAGAUCAAACCGUGACCGUUCUGUGUUUACAAAAUUCACAAAAGAAUAAAUUCCAAUUUGAGUUUUUUUAAUUCAAAUACUUAAAACUGCUGCAAAUAAAUUGAAAAAAUAAAACAAAAAUAAAUAAAUACCAAGUUUUAAACACCACCCAUUGAAUGACACUCAUUCAAAUAAUCAACUCGCCAUGGUACGUGUUUUAUUUUUACAUCCCGAUCUGGGUAUAGGAGGAGCUGAAAGGCUAGUCGUUGACGCAGCCUUAGCUCUUCACCAAAAAGGCCAUAAAGUUAGUUUCCUUACCAAUCACCAUGACCCAACGCAUUGCUUUGACGAAACUCGUGACGGAACUCUCUUCGUUCAAUCUGUCGGCGACUGGCUACCCCGAAAGAUAUUCGGGCGUUUCUAUGCAUUUUGUGCGUAUUUCCGCAUGCUUUACGCUGCAUUCUAUGCCUCCUUGUGCUUGUCGCGCAGAGAAAAAAUCGAUAUCAUAUUCUGUGACCAAAUUUCAAUUGGAAUACCAAUUCUAAGACUAGCCAAACACAAUCCAAAAAUUGUCUUCUAUUGUCACUUUCCCGAUCAAUUGUUGAGUGCUCCCGAAGGAUAUCUUAAGUCAGUAUAUCGUGCUCCAAUUAAUUAUUUAGAAGAAUACACAACCGGUUUGGCUGACUCUAUUUUGGUUAACAGCAAAUUCACUCUGCGUAUAUUCCGCGAAACCUUUAAGCGAUUAGAUGUGAUUCCAGAUGUUCUUUAUCCAUCGCUUAAUACAAAUUUCUUUGACAAGAUGAAGAUUGAAUCUAAAAAUAAGGAUUCCCUUGACAUUCCAUCGGAUGCAUUUAUGUAUUUGUCUAUUAAUCGUUAUGAACGUAAGAAGAAUCACGAAUUAGCUUUGCAUUCCUUCAAGCUGCUCGAGAAAUCCCUCUCGCGCAACGACUGGCAAAGAUGCCGUUUGGUAAUUGCCGGUGGAUAUGAUUUACUAUGCACCGAAAACAUGGUGACUUAUGAUGAACUUGUUGAUACCGUGGCCAAAUUGGAAUUACAAAAUAAGGUGAUUUUACUUAAAUCUCCAUCGGACAUUGAAAAGAUUGCUUUGCUGCAAAAGACUCAAUGCCUUCUGUAUACACCGGAAAAUGAACAUUUCGGAAUUGUACCACUCGAAGGAAUGUACAUGUCAAAGCCAGUUAUAGCACUAAAUAGUGGUGGACCAACAGAAACUAUUGUACACAAUUCAACAGGCAUUUUAUGUGAAAAGGAUUCCCAACAAUUCUCCAAAGCUAUGUGCAGUCUUUUUAAGGAUCAACAGCUUUGCGAACGAAUGGGUGAAAUGGGCCGCAAACGAGUUCAGCAGAAAUUUUCCUUUGAAUCUUUUGGCAAUAAGAUUGAGAGUAUUAUUAGAGAUUUGCUUGAUAGGAAAUCAAAGACAAAUUAACUUAAUUUUCUUGUGAGAAAUACACAAGUUUAUCAAUCAAAAUCAGCAUAACUAAAAAUUAUAUAAUUAAGCUUCUUUAAAAAAAAAUGAAAAUGUAUUUUUUUGUCCUGCAUAACACAAUAAACUAUUAAAUUUAAA